CUGUGAUUGGAAGAGACGCGUGUGGAUCAUCAAGUUCUGGAGGCACGUUCUAAGUUCCCAAGUUGGAUGGGAAGACUCAGAAGUGUCUGCUGUGUCUGUGACAGACUGUGGGGUCUGAAGUAAAGCGACGGACCACGGAGACAGACAAAGCCUCCAGUGGGCCAUGUCUGGCGGCAGCAGUGCUAACAACAGCUGGACCAUCCUCACUCCUGAGGAGACUGUCGCUGAAACCCUGAGACCUUUAGCAGAGGGAACAGAGCACCAUGAAGAAAGCCUUACAUCUGCAGCAGGCUCUGGGGCAAACCAGCCUGCAGAGGGAGCAGCAUCUGCAGAGGGGUCCCCUGUGGAGCAACACCUGGUGUCAGAAGAAAAAACAGCAGAGCUAAGUGGAGACACAAGCACAGAGCAGCACACCUCCGUGCCCACAGCCGUCACUGAUGCCCCUGUUCCCACUUCUUUGGAAGUCUCUGGCAGCUUUGCUCCCGGCAGUGAUGCACUCAGCCAGUCAGAGGGCCUACCUGAGGGCCCGGUGCAGUCCAGCCCCGAUCCUGAUUCAUUUUCUGACUCCUACACCCACAUAACCCCCUCCCCCGAUGAACCCCCAGCUUCACUGCUGAGCACAGAGACUCUGGGAGGGGUGGAGUUUACUCAAGAAGAAGAGAGGCUCGCACAGGAAGGUACAUUACAUCCACUAAAUGGGGAAGAGCUACAACAGGAAGGGGAGGAGUCAGACCUGUUACCAAGGACGACGGACUUAGGGAAACAGGCAGUGUACUUGGUGGACCAGCUGGUAAUGGACUUGUUCAGUAUCUGGGCCAGGAAGUUGUCUGGAGAGGCUGUGGUUGCGUCCCCCGUGGAUUCAGAGGUGGGUGAGGAGAAGACUGAGAAGACAGAGGAGGGGGGAGAGCCAGAGGUGAGGAGGAGGAGGUCUCUCUUAGCAGCUCUGGAACGGAUCGGAAGGGCAGAGGAGGAAGAAGAAGGAGAGGAAGAGUUUCAGCUGCCACAGCGAGAUGAAGACAGCGGGUUCUCUGUGAACAAGUGCAUCCUCGGUGCUGUCAUUCUGUUAGGCCUCGGCACCAUCUUUUUCUCAGGUGUCUUCAUGGACCUGGAUGAGGAGAGUGACUACGGUACAAGAGAACUGAAAGAUUCAGAGGUACCAAGAAAACAGGAGUGGCUCAAUCCAGAGGUUCCUCCUCCACCCUUGGAUGCUGACAGUACAGAGCUUCUAAAUAAGUUAGCCAAAGGGAACCAGCAGAUUUCUGUGCUUCAGGCCCAACUUCAGGCACAGAAAGAAGAGCUAAAAGUAGCCAAGGGACAGGCAGCAGAGGGAGAAAAGGAGCGGCUGCGGUGGGAGGAGGUGGAGAAGGAAAACAGUAGGUUGAAGACAGAGACGGCCUCUCUCCCUGUUCUUCAGAAAGAGAAUGAAAGGAUGAAGAGAGAGCUGGAGUCUCUCCCGGCCCUACAGAAAGAACUAGAAACACUGAGAUCGACUGUGACUGAAUUGAAACUCUCCUCAGCAGCCACUGAAGCAGCUCAAGCACCUUUGAAGCCCACUAUGUCGCCCCCUAGUGCCCCACCAGAGGACAGCAGGCAGGACACAGCUGGAACUGCAGAGAGACAGUCUGUGAAGCCAUGGAAUGACCAGAAGGAGAAGAAGACGUUUUGGAAGAAGGAAAAAUAUGACAUUGGCGAAAAGAAGGAGUGGAAAGAGAGAGAAAAAUCUGAAUGGAAGGAAGGAGAGAAAAGGGAGCGCAAAGAUGGAGGCAAGGCAGAACGGAAAAAGGGAAAAGUUGAGCAAGGAAAAUUUGAUAAGGGAAAAGAUAAGGAAGGUAAGCAGAAGAAGCACAGUGAUGAGACAAAACAAUGGAAGGAGAAAGAGUGGAAGAAAGAAAAGGUGAGCAGAGGUGAUGAAGGAAAGCCAUGGAAGGCUAAGGAAGGGAAGAAGGAGUGGAUAGAAAAGAGUGAGAGAAAAGAUUGGAAGGAAGAGAAAGACUGGAAAAAGUCAAAGCAUGAGAAAGUGAAUGAGGGUAAACAUUCAAAGGGUAAGGAGGAGAAGAAGGAUUGGAAGGGAGUAAAGGACCAUGGAGAGAAGCACAAGGGAAAGGAAGAAUGGAAGGGCGAGAAGGAGUGGAAGAAAGUGAAAGAUGGCUUCAAGGAAAGUGGCAAAGAGAAAUGGGAGAAGAGAGAUUGGAAAGAAAAAGAGAAGAAAGAGUGGAAGAAAGAUGGUGAGUGGAGGGGUAAAAAUGGUAAGGAAGGGAAAGGAAAGGCUGAAAGGAAACAGUGGGACGAGAACGAAAAUCACGGCAAGAAUCCUGGUAAAGAAAAGAAGGGGAAGGAUGAGAGGAAACAGUGGAAUGAGAACGAGUGGAAGAGUAAAAAUGGUAAAGAUGAUAAGGAAUGGAAGAGGAAGGGUGAGAGGAAACCGUGGGAAAAGAAAGAGGAAGAGUGGAAGAAAGGACAGAAAGAGAAAAGCCACAACGGAGACUGGAAGAAGGACAAACCAAGCUCACAAAAACACAAAGAUGAGCACAUAUUUUCUGGUAAUCACCACCAUGACCACCACGAAGAGCAUGUGUGGGGAGACAGGAAGGCCCCCCACACGCACCGCCAACCCUCCAUCAAGCAGCCUGAGUACUGGGCCCAGCAGAGAGACCGGCUCCAGCACAGCCCCAAACCACCACAACACUGUAACUCAUUGGAGACCUGCGCUCAGGCUGAGGGACUGCUUCCUGUUCCCUUCCCUGAGUUUGAGGCCAUCCUCCAAACGUACCUAGCAAAGGCAGAGGAGGUGGGAGUGGAUGCUUCCAAAAGAGAGGAGCUCAAGAAGCUGGCUGCCGAGUUCUUCAAGGACGGAGUCUUUGUUCAUGACCAGAUGAGCUUUCAAGAUUUUGUGGAGAAUGUGGGAGAUAUUCUGGAAGACAUGGUGGAAGGGGAUGAGAAUGAGGAAGAGGAGGAGGAUAGCGCCAUAGAGGAAGAAAUGGAGGAGUUUGAAAGAGAAGUCAUGAAAAAGUUUUCAGUGCCAGGAGCUGGAGAGAAAGUGGAGAGAAUCAAAGGGGAAUGGAGGAAGGAGAGUGGGCGAGGACGUGGCUGAAGUGAAAAAAACUGAUGGAUCUGUCAAAAGUAGCUUAAAGGAGUCAUGACAGAUGAGGGGUCAUUCGAAGGGAACACUUGUCAUUGGACAAAAAAUGCUUUCAAGUAUGCAUUUAUCACACUGUCAUCCUUUUUUACAGGAUCUGAUUUUACCACUUCCGUCUGUUGUCCUGGUGAUUCAACAUUUAAUUUAAUUUCACUCUUUUGGGGAUGUUAUGUAUUUCACCUGCAAGCAUGCACACACACACACUUUAGUACACAGUGGUAGAGAAAGGGCUUGCAUCUAGAUCAGACCUUAAGGUAUUUUUUUUGGGAUGGGCUUACUAGAGAAGUGGCUAGAGACUAGCAAAGCAUAAUGCAUACAGUACCUCAUCUUUGUGUCCAUAGAAAACCCUUGAAACAGCUUUUUAUCUCUGACUGAGCACCUGUAGCUCAUGUUGAACAUCCAUGGGUGUGAAAGUCAGUUCUGUAGACAGUGUUGUUUUCUCCCUUUGCAUAGGGGAGAUUCAGUCUGUUAGACCGAGUUGGAUGUUACUCUGCUUUGACUCACAUCCCUAGAAUAACUACUGAGCAGUCAUUACACCUGUCCCACUGCAAACAGCUCUGUGCACUGUUGGAAGUUUACGUAUCCACUGAUCAGGCCCGUCUUUAUAUAGUAAUUGCUUUAUCCUGAUUCUUGUCAGAUUACCUUCAAAACACUAACAUUUUUUUUUUAUAAAGGGUGCAUUGAAUGUGAACUGCUGAAAUGGUUUAGUUAAAUAUAAUAUUUUAUGAGAAAUUAGAGAAAUCUGCAUUGAUUUUUUUUUUUUGAAUGUUUGUACAUAUUGCAUUAAACAUGUUUAAGAAGUAUGCUGAAAUGCAGAAAUACAGUUAACUUAUUUUACAGAGGUUGGUAUAGGUAAAGCACAAAAGAUAAAUAAAUAAAAAUAUUGACAUGUUGAGCAUGUAUGUUUCUUUUCAGGUACAGAACUUGUGCACUAAAAUGUCCUUAAUUAUUGUUUUAUCAUGAAUGUAACAUUUGUUUUUAUUGAUUAAGUUGGUCAUUGCACUUAAGUCAUGGGAAAUAGUUUUCAAAAAUAGCAGUAAAAUAUUUUUCCUUUUUUUUUUUUACACGCUAACUUAUAAAAUGUUGCUGAUUGAAGAACCUACAACCACAUAGCAAUUGUUUUUCAGAGGGUAACAAUGCAGAACCACGUAGUGUGUGGAUUUUGUGGCAGCAUAGAGAACUUUGUAUGUUAGAAUGUUCAUAUUUUCCCAUAUUAUUGUUAUAAGAGCAGAAUAAUAAAUUUGGUGCAUCCAUGUGAUGAAAAACAUGUAUUUUGUCUUCUUUUUCUCACCAGUGCAAUCUUCAAAAAGUGUUACCUAAA